AUUCGUGUUGCUAGGCAACACAAGUCAAACAGGCGCAGUGUCUUGUUGACUGACCAGAGAGUUUACUCCAGUAAGAGACUAGAUUAAAACUUUCCCGAGGAGGUUAAGACGAAUGAUGAUCGUAAGGCUUAGCAUUGAAGAUGAGUAUUACUAACGGACAAACCACUCACCAAGCAAAUUAUGAACAAAAUAUAGCGGUUCCCAGACGUCCAAGCAGACCGAGGGCUGGGAAACUAAUACCUGUUGGAGACAGGGUUCAGACCUGCUUACAGGAAGUGGAAGGGCCCCUCAGUCCACCAGCUGUUAGAAAAUUUCAUGGCAGCAGUCAACCAGAUCCAGGAACCAUCAGAGUGCAUCAUGGGAAGGCAAAUGAUCCAGAUGUUGCCAGCACACUGGUUCAUGGCAUCAGCACCAAAUCAUCCCUCACUGGCAGCAGUUUGCUAAAUCCUCCCCCAAAGACUGUAUUUCAGCACAGACUGCAAGAGCUCAAGGAAGCAGUGUACUUGUCCAGUCAAAGAGCACCACUGGGCAGGUCACACGAUCAGCAAAGUGGACUUCCCCGCUGGUAUAAUGGCACAACUACAUUUGGCGUAAAAACUCUUAAAGGGGGGGAUGUGCGUGAAAUUAUUAACCCGUCAAAAACAGCAGAGGAAGUAGAAAGAGAAGCUCAGGAGGGACAUAAAUCUUUAAGCCGCAAUACUUAUUUUGUUGGUGAGCAGAUUGAUAGGAAGUACGACUGGAGUCGCUGCAGUAAAGACAGUAGGUUUGGGAUCCUCACACCUCAUUUCAAUGAUGGCCGCACUCUUUGUAGAAGUCUCCGCUGGCUGGGGGAGACGCAGAAGUUUUAUAAUCCCAAGACUGUUUGGAAAAGAUCGGGGAACAGAGAAGCAACUUCACCACAAACCAGCAAAGUGUCAGUUUCUUCAGAUCAGAGAGGAAAUACCUUGAAUCUUCCACCAGGCCACACGUUUGGAAUACUGCUGCCACCAGACAAAUAUGGUGCUGGAGAUAUAAUCCACUCUGCAGAGCCAGGGCUCUAUGCUAGAGGUCAGGACAGACAGCGCAGCCUGAUCAGCGCAGUGCAACACCAUCUCAAAAAGGUCAACUUCCACAGCUUCCCUUCCUUGUUGAAGGCGUUCCGACAUUAUGACAAGAAAGGUAAGGGGAUGAUUGACAAAGACGACCUGCAGGAGGUGUGCCGUCAGUUCCAGCUGGAUGUUAGCGACUCCGUCCUUAAUGACUUAAUGGACUACUGUGAUGCAGACAAGGAUGGAUUCAUCAAUUUCCUUGAGUUUGCCAACUUCCUAAACUGGAAGGACAAGAUGCCAAUCAGCAGUCGAGAGCAACGGAUUAUUCUGAAUGAGUGUCAGGAGAGCACAGCUCCAGCCAACACAGAGGGGACGCCAGAAUCCGCAUAUCUCCCUGCCUCAAAGGCCUUGAUCAAGACUGAGGACCUGGAGCCUGUGGAGCCAGGCAGCUCACUGAAGACCCUGAGGACCCUGAGACGACCCAGGGCAGUAGCAGAUCACUUCAUCACCUCCUCCUCCCUUAUUGGGCCUGUUAGUGCUGGUCCACACACAUCAGGUGAGUCAGAAGACAUUCGCACAUAUGGGAUCCCGUCUGUGCGCUUCGACCUUCCAGCUCCACGCAUCAAGAGAGUCAGUGACACUACUAAUUAUGGCGAUACAUCCACAGCUGCAAAUCUAUUACAUCCAUCAAUUCAUGCCCUCAGAGGGGUUCACGAGGAAGACUUCUUCUGUUCGCGCACCAAGAACGAGAUUGCAGAAAUCUUUAGGAAUGUAGGUGUCAGUCUCUCUGAGGAGACAUUUGAGGAGGCCUGGAAGCUGGCGUCAAUGAAACAACCAUCCGGAGAAGUUUGCGUGGAAGAUUUCCGUAACACACUAAAGGAAAUAAAAGCAAUUUAAUACUGGAAAUGUAUUUUCUAUUCCCACUCACUACAUGUAUCUAAAAAUAUGUAAAAGCUUCAGUUUAAUGUUUUAUCUUCAAUAGAAAGAAUUUAUGAAAACACUUUAUUAUCAACGUAGGAGUAAAAUAUACGUUGCAGUCUUGCUGAUGUGAGGUUUUCCCAGUGAUAACCAUAAAGCGUGAAUAAAGCACAAAGACACCAAACUUCAACUGAUUUGCAAAUUCUCACAUC